AAGAGAGACUUCUCCAAAAAGAAGAAGAAGAACAAAAAAAGAAUCCCUUUUUUACUUCUCUCGUUUUCUCGCACCCACCACCCUCAACCUGACGAUUGCGAACACCCACUGACGCGCUCUCACUCUCACGAACACCCAACAUAGCUUCCUAUCGAAAGGAAAAGGGAAAGGUUUCUCUCUUUCCUUUCUUUUCUCUAUAUAUCCAGAUUCUCACAUGUCUCUUCUUCCCCCCAACUUCCGUGCCCUAAUCUCCUCUUUCUUAUCAUCUACAUAUUUUAUUGAAUUUCCAAAAUCAAACCCCCGUUCCUAAAUUUCCAUACUUGUAACUCUGCACUCAAUCCUGGCCUUUUGUUGUAUACGAGUACGUAAGUAUCUGCUGCAAUGGCGAUUAUUGGGGACGCCCUUCGCCAGGCGUUUAUGCCGAAGCCGGAGUACGAAAGCCUCAAGGAAGAAGACAGAGUCUGGGGCAAGCUUCAGAGACCUUUAUUGGUGGCUUUCGUGGCUCUUGUUUGUGUCGUUGUUAUGGUAUGUGUAGUUAUUACAUUAAAGAUGGUUUUUCCGUCUGACCCCGCGAGGAGACCAUUCUGCGGUGACCGGGGGAUACAGCCACUGCCGAUCAACGUUAAAGGAGGGGAUUCUGAUCCCUAUCCUCAUGCUUUCUAUCUAACGGAUCAGGAAACUGUGGACUAUUUCUGGAUGGUUUGCUUCGUUCCUACUAUGAUCACUUUUUUGCUAACCGUUGUGUAUCUGAUAUCGGGUAUUGCUGUUGCUUAUUCUUCUCCGAUGAGACAUGUUUGCUUAAAGGUUGUUGAAAAUAGCUAUUGUGCCUCAAAACGAGGUGGGGUCCGCUGUUUGUCCAUUUUAAAUGCAAUUUUUGCAAUUGUAUUUGGUCUUCUUGCUUUGUUUCUUGGUUCAAGCCUCCUGACACUGGGGAAUAACUGCUCCAAACCCCUCUUUUGGUGCUAUGAGUUUGCAUCUUGGGGUUUGGUUAUUCUGUAUGGGGGAACUGCCUUUUUUUUGAGAAGGAAAGCAGCUGACAAUGGAGAUUCCAGUCAAAACCACGGUCUUGAGAUGUUUGUAGCUAAUCCCUUUGAAGUCACACCAGGUGUUGAAAGACGGGUUAGUGAAGGAUUUAAGGCAUGGAUGGGGUCAUCCUACUUAUCCUCUGACGACGACGAAGAUGAACCUGACCAUGAGGCCUCUCCCUUAACACGUACCAACUCAAACAGGCAGACAGUCUAAACAUGACUGGCCUUGGCCUUGGAUGAGAAUGCUUAGGUUUUUUUUUUUUUAAAAAAAAAAGAAAAGUAAAAUGUAUAUAUUUACCGUUUAAUUGACAAAAGGUACUCCAGAGGAACGCCAGGGCUCGAUUGCUCUCCAUUCAUGUAAGCCGCAAGUUAUACAUGUUCUUUUGUGGUAAUCUUUUGUAGCUUCUAAAUAAUGAUUCUACAUUUUUGGUUUUGGGGAAAGGGGUGAAAUGCAAGUCGCUUUUGCCUGUUUAUCCAUGUUAAAACCCUCAAACAAUGUUAAAACAUUCCUGUUAAUAGAAAUUGUGUUCAAAAGCCA